UGAGGUUUUAAAUGGAGGAGAGAACUUCAAAUCUUAAUUCUUGCAGUUAUGAACAGGGGGAGCCUAGUAAUGUAGCAUCAUAUAAUAUGAGUGCAGGUCAUUAAUCCUUACAUUUCUUCUCUAGGAUGGUACCCCAUUUGGAUCUUCUUCUUCUUGCCUUCGUUCAUGGCACCUUAAUCUCUUCUGUCCUCCUAGUUGCUAUCUUCUUCAUCUUCAUUUGCCUCCUGCUUGCCAUCUCUGUUACACUCUUCUCUAUCCUGCUAAUCGAUGCAUACGAUCUCCUCUGUUUAGCUUCUUCUUCAUUUGAUACCUUGAAGGACAAUUUUGAUCUGGGUUUUUCAUUUUUAACUUACAGGUCAAUGGGUUUCGCUGUUGAUACCAUUUUAGCUCUCACACCUUCAAUGCAACGAGCAAUCUCAGAGCUUAAAGCAAUGGCAAGACAUGUCAUAGAUCAUCUCAAACAAUACUGAACUUUUGAGGAGCUCAGUAGCAACUCGGCCACAGGAGCCGAUUCACUGAGUUAGCCAGUAACCAUUGAAAAGGGCAUAAUCGUCACUCCUGAGUCGAAUCUGUUCUGUUCUUAAGAAGCCUAUCUCUAAUCUCCUUACCCUUACAAGUAUGAGUCUCUGUGUCUUUUUCUUCUUUGAACUCUGAGUCAUGGCUUCAUCUCUUCGCUUGAAUCAAUCCUAUUUUUCUCUCUCUUAUUCAUCUUCAACACCUAAACCUCAAAGAAACAGCUUCGCGAUAGUACGAUGCGGCCCAAGGGACAACCGGGGACCUCUGCAUCGCGGGCGAAUUCUGAGCAUAGAAGCAAUUCAAGCCGUUCAAGCCCUGAAGAGAGCUGAAAGAGUUAACGAAACCCAGAUCGACGAAUUCGUCUCCAAAACCCUAUCGCGUCUUAUCAAGCAAGACCUACUUGCAUCUCUGAAGGAGCUUCUAAGGCAAGAUCGAUGCCAUCUCGCCCUUAAGGUCUUCGAAGUUGCAAGGUCUGAGCCCUGGUAUAAGACUGAUUGUUCUCUGUACGCAGACAUUGUGGCGGCAUUGGCGAGGAAAGGGAUGACGGAGGAGAUAGAUAAUCUGAUAGAUGUGGAUCUGGAAAGGGAUGGGUUGGGCGCCGGUGAAGAACGAGGGCUUUCUCGGCUAGUUAAGGCGUUGACUGCGGCGGAGAGGACGGAGUCGGUGGUUAGGGUUUAUGGAUUGAUGAAGAGAUGUGGGUGGAGAUCUGCAUCUGCCGCUGCUUCUUCGACUGACGAGUAUGUGAUUAAGGUAUUGACCAGAGGGUUGAGGAGAUUGGGGGAGCAAAGAGUAGCUGACGAAGUUGAAAUGGAGCUUAUGGGCUCUGUCACAGGUGGCAAAUUGGAUGAACUGAGUGCUUGACAUAGAUGUUUUCCCCCCAUUGUUAGGGUAAGGUGUGCUGAACAGAGAUGAGGCCUGUUUGGUUGUUUGCCUGUUUUACUAUCCUCCUUGUUUGUAGAAUUAGAAAAUUGCCAGAAAAAAAGUAAGAAAAUUCGUUUAUGAUACUUUUUUUUAAAGAAAUGAUACCGACUUAUUAUAGACUA